AUGCAGGCCCUGCUCGCCAAGGGCGCCGACCCGCACUCGGUCAACGCCAACGGCGACCGACUGCUCGCCCUCUGCAAGCCGCUCGCCGCCGCCGGCCUCUACCACUUUGUGCGCUCGGCUGCCGCGGCCGCCGCCUCGCCCACGCUCGUCGAUCUGUUCCCCGAGUUCAAGCCGCGCGAGGGCGAGACCACGGAUGCGGUCGUGGCCCAACUGGUGGGCCUGGUCGAGCUGCUCAACGAGGGCCUGCAGCUCUACCCGGACCGCCGGCAGCUCCUGGAGGAGCUCAGGCAGCUCGUCGUGGCCCACCUCACCAGCGUUGAUGCCAAGCAAUCGAGCAGGAUUGCGCGCAACACGAAGCAGCUCUCGUUCUCGAGCCUCUCGCCAGAGGAGCUCACCGCGCUCAAGAAGAAGCGCAAGAACGAGAAGGAGGCCGACGCCGACGAUGAAGAUGAAGCGGAAGCCGAGGACGAUAGCGUCGCCGCCAAGAAGGCCAAGGUGGCCAACGGAGACCAGGUUAAGAAAGAAGGCCAAGCCGAAGAGGAGGAAGAGGAGGUCAUCGAAGAGCCCGACAUCGAGAUCGGCGACGACAUCGAGCAGAUUCCGUUCCCGCCGCCCAAGAAGUGGACCGUCAAGCUGGCCCAGCGGUUCGUGGACGACGAGUUCAAGCGCCGGUACCGCGCCGAGGCCAGUCGCGUCUAUCUCCUGUGGGGCGCCGAUGGCCGGAGCGGUGAGGACGACGACGCGGAGGAGAAGAGCCAGGCCGACAACGACGACGAUGAGAACGUCGGGUACCUGUACGACGCCAAGCUCAACCUGUGCGACAUCUCGACGCGGUGGGCGCGCGUGGGCUCCUACGGCUUCGAGUCUCAGUUCCAGACCUACGAGACCAAGGAGGAGGCCGUCAAGGCCUUCGAGCAGAAGUUCCGCGACAAGACCAAGAACAACUGGAGGGAACGAGCCGACUUCCAGCAGGCCCACGACCGCUACUUUUACAUCCCGGCCACGCACGAGAUCGAGGACGACAACGCGCCGAAGGCGGGCGAUAACGACGACGACGACUCCAGCGAAAAGGGCGUGGACCCCGCGUGCAACCUGCCCGGGUCGGUGCAGUCGCUUCUGCAUCUCAUCAGCAACCGGAAGGAGUUCAUGCACACCUACGCCGCCUACGGCCUACGGACCGCGGGGUUGGGGUCGCUCACCAGCGGCCAGAUCCGCAACGGCUUCAAGCUGCUCAAAAUCAUCUCGGGCAUCAUCACCUUCAUCGAUAAGAAGAACGGCAAGGGCCAGCCCGUGCCCUCGCGCUUCAGGACGGCGCUUGUCGAGCUCUCGAACAAGUACUACAGCAUCAUCCCCUACAACUUUGGGCGCCAGCUGCCGGACGUCAUCUCGCAGACCAGCCAGGUGUCGGAGCAGAUGCGCAUCCUCGAGUCGUUGGCGGACAUCGACAUGGGCGUGCAGAUCCUGGCGGAGGCGGAGCAGGGCCUGGCGGGCGAGGGCCACGUCCUGGAGAAGCUCUACGCCGCGCUCCACGCCCAGCUGACGCCCGUCGACAAGAGCUCCGACGAGUGGCUGGUGGUGAACGAGUUCCUGGGCACGUCGGGCCUCAGCGUGCUGGACGCCUUCGCGGUCGAGCGCGAGGGCGAGGCCAUGCGCUUCCGCCCCUUCUCCCACCUCCCCAACCGCAUGCUCCUUGCCCACGGCACACGACUCGCCAACACCAUGGGUAUCCUGCGCCAGGGUCUCCGCAUUGCGCCGCCCGAAGCUCCGCACAGCGGCUACAUGUUCGGCAAAGGAAUCUACUUCGCCGACGUGGCUGAGAAGAGGUGCGUGCCGAGGCCCUGGCGUGGCAUCUUCGGCGGCUUUGCUCACGUUGUGGGCUACUGCGGCCUGGGGAUGGGCGAGGUGGGCGUGUUCCUGCUGUGCGAGGUGGCCCUGGGCAACCAGUACCCGUGCUACGGCGCCACCUACAUCGAGGUCCUCCCGCGCGGCAAGCACUCCACCCUCGGCUGCGGACGCCAAGUCCCUUCCCCUUCCGCCUCCAUCUACACUGAUGAGGGUGUGAAGAUACCGCUGGGGCGGGAGGAUGCAGAGCAGGAGGAGGGCGCGGUGAAGAGGCGACUGACCUACAACGAGCACAUCGUGUACAAUGAGGGCCAGGUCCGCAUCCGCUACAUCCUCAAGGUGCGCCGCGGAUGA